GUGCGGCAAGGGGAAUGGGGGAGGAGGGCAAGUCGGGGAGGUGGUGAGCCGGAGCCCAAAGGGCCACGGAAAGGAACUGGGGUGGGUCUCCAGGUGAGCCCGGGAAGAGGCAGAGGUCACCGGUCAGCCGUGAGAGGGCGAGUGGCCCCAGGGAUGAGGCAGUCGAGGCUGAGAGAGAGGCGCCACCCCGCCCACGGGGCACACCGGGGUCGCAGGCAGCUCUUUCCUUAUUGAUCUACUCUGCCGCCACCUGGUGGCAGCGUACGAACCCAUGCAAAUGCGAGAACUCCUGGCCUGCCCACUCGUCGGCUCUUUCCGGCCUCGGCUGACCAGCCCCGGGGAGUGUUGGGCGCUGCUGGGAACCCCCUGCGUUUCCCACGGCCGGGAAGUGGCUUCUGUGAAAAGCCCAGAGGGACAUUUUGGUGCCCAGCCUUGGGGGUCAAAGGGCUUUGCCGGAGGGAACGUCGAGGGAGCCCAGCGAUGGGAACGGAAAGACCCAGAACCCAGCCCUGGGCGCGUCCUGUGGGGUCACGCGUGGGAACGAUGGUCACAGGAACGGCCUGGGCCCUGGAGAUCAGCCCCAGCGGGGAGCCGAGGACGGGGUCCCGGGAAGAAUCAACAGGGUGUUCAGGACGCUUCUCGGAGCUCAGGGAGUAACGGUCCCCGGGGGGGUGGGGUUCUGUCGCGGGGGCCACGCAGCUUAACGGGGUCACUCCCAACAGCUUGGGGUCCCCCAGCCCGUCCCCAGGUCUCCCCGGGCAACGCCCCCCCCGUCCUGGGUUCACGGUCAACGCGCCCUCGUCCGAGGACUCGCAGCUCCCAUUCCUGAAUCCUCGAGACAAUCCUGAGAGACAGAGCCGGUUGUCACAACGUCCACUUACAGACGGGAAAACCGAGGCACAGAGGGGUUAAGUCAGGGGCCCCAAGGGAGGCAGGGGGCGAGUGGCCACUCCAGGAUGUGAACCCGGAGUUGACACGUGGGAGCGUGGUAUACAGGCGGUGCUCCAUAAACGCAGCUUUGCUUAAAUCUGGUCUCCCUGGCUGAGCCGCAUCCCCCAAAGACAGGGCCUCCCCCAUUCUCCCAACACCCCCUGGGGCCCGAGACAGGGCUGCGUAUGCAACAGGCGCUCACUAUGUGCUCGGUGAUAACUGUAAUGUGAUGGGCAGGGACCCCACCAGGAGGCCUGGUUGCCUUGCGUCUGACCAGGGGAGGGAUGAGCAGCAGACACCGGGCGCCUGCUGUGCGCCCGGCCAUCCUCACUGGGAAGAAGUGGGGUUCGCAUGCCCAUGGCCACACACGGAGGGGCCCCGGGACCCACAGGACUCUGGCCCCACCCGCCUGUUCCCGCACAGGGAGCCGUUGGGCCCCCCGGACCUGCUCGGAGCUGGGGGACGUUGCCUCUUGCGACAGCCUUGGCUCCAGCCGUUGCCACUGGAGUGUCGGGGGAGGCGGGGGGCGGGGCUGCGGGGUGGAGGGUGGCCGGGGUCCCCGUCCCGUUCCCAGUGCCACACACGGUCCAGCCUCCAGGCCAGGCGCGUCCUUUCUCCAGCAUGUCCCGCCCCAGGCGUGCGUCGGGCGGAGCGGGAAGGGUCCAGCGAGGCUGGCGGGGGGUGGGGGUCUUUUCCCAGAACCUCCGCUGGUGACCGGGCUGCGGGCGGGGAGUGAGUUCGCCGUCAUGAGCAGCAGCCACAGGGAGGCCGGAAGGCCGAGCCCUGAGAGGGGGACCUGGGGCUCAGGGAGGAGCCCGUCCAGCUGUGGUUUCGGGGCCUGGGCUUGAACCCCGGCCCUCCCACGGCAUCACUGACUCAUGGGUCCUGCCGUGCCUCAGUUUCCCCAUCUCAGCAGAGGCCCCGCAGCCCCUGUCGUUGCCCCUGGGGAACAUGAGGAUGGUGCUGGGUGCGCCACUGUUGUGGUUAUUACUGUGCCCUGGGUAAACUGAGGCACGCGGGGGGCCAGCCGACGUCCUCUGGGCCCAGGGUGGCGGGAUUUAGCAAAACUAUGGGCACCCGGCGGACUCUGCCCGUCAGGGGCUCGACGGCCCACCCUGCGGACACGUGCACACACACAACGUCUGGGACAGACGGACAGACACCCAACGUCCAGGGGCAGAACCAGCCUCGCGGCCCCACCUCCCCACGCUUCCUGCCGCGCCCCUCGUCCCCCACGUCCCCGCGGGAGAGGAAAUGGGGCAACAGCAACGGCCUGGGCGCGGGGCAAUAAGAGGGGCCGGCGGGCGCGGGGUGGACACCGAGCACGCCGACCAUGACCCGCGGCCGCCAACCCUGCAGCCCUGCCCUCGUCCCCGUCCUGCUGGCCGCACUGCUCGGUGGCCCCGCGCUGGCCUCGGAGAUCGUGGGCGGCCGGCCGGCCCGGCCCCACGCGUGGCCCUUCAUGGCGUCCCUGCAGCGGCGAGGGGGCCACUUCUGUGGGGCCACCCUGAUUGCCCGCAACUUCGUCAUGUCGGCUGCGCACUGCGUGAACGGCCGCAACUUCCAGUCGGUGAGGGUGGUGCUGGGGGCACACGACCUGGGGCGGCAGGAGCCCACACGGCAGACUUUGGGCGUCCGCGGCGUCUUCGAAAACGGCUUCGACCCCGUGAACCUGCGGAACGACAUCGUGCUUCUCCAGCUCGACGGGUCGGCCAGGAUCAACGAGAACGUGCAGGUGGCCCGGCUGCCGGCCCAGGGCAGGGGCGUGCCCAGCGGGACCCCGUGCCUGGCCAUGGGCUGGGGUCAGCUGGGCACCAACCGGCCGUUGCCCAGCGUCCUGCAGGAGCUCAACGUGACGGUGGUGACGUCGCUGUGCCGGCGCUCCAACGUGUGCACGCUGGUGCAGCGCCGCCGGGCAGGCAUCUGCUUCGGCGACUCGGGCGGGCCGCUGGUCUGCAACGGGCUCGUGCAGGGCAUCGACUCCUUUAUCCGCGGAGGCUGCGGCUCGGGCUUCUUCCCGGACGCCUUCGCCCCCGUCGCGCAGUUCAUCGACUGGAUCAACUCCAUCCUCCGCCGCCACGGGGACCCUGCGAGCGCGGCCAGCUAGGACGGGCUGCCCCGCUCCCCGCCCGCCCCCACCCCGGUCACCCCACCCCGCCUGCCCCCCGCCGGGCCCUUCCCACGUCCCGUCCCGCGGCCUCCA